AUGUUGUGGAGUAUACUAUCUUCAUUUCACCGGUUUCAUUGCAAUUUUGUUCAAACUUUAUGUCAUCAGCAUCAUUCACUUGGGAUUAGAGUAAUGCCAAGUUGUUCACGCUUAUUAAUAAGAAGUUUAUCGAGUGGAUCGAAUAUCUCUAGUAUUGAUGAGAAACCGGAAGCUCCAAAAGCAGAUUUCGUGCACCGACAUAUUGGUCCAUCUGAGAAAGAUAUCAAUCACAUGCUCCAAUUUUGUGGUUUUAAUAGAAUCGAAGAUUUUAUAUCCAAAGUAAUACCAGAUAGUAUAUCACUAAAAAGGGAUUUGAAAUUAGAAAAUGAAACAAGUGAAGCAGAACUCAUCAGGCGUUUAAAGUUGCUCAUGAGCAAGAAUGAAGUUUGGCGUUCUUAUAUUGGACAAGGAUAUUAUGGUACUAUAACACCAUCUACAAUACAACGUAAUAUAUUUGAAAAUCCCGGUUGGUACACUUCCUACACACCAUACCAACCUGAAAUAAGCCAAGGUCGUUUAGAAUCACUAUUUAAUUAUCAGACAAUGAUAUCAGACUUAACGGGUUUGGCGAGAGCAAAUGCAUCACUGUUGGAUGAAGGUACAGCAUCUGCAGAAGCAAUGUGUAUGGCAGUCAGAUAUACAAACAGAAAAAAGUUUCUCCUCGAUAGGAGAUGCCAUCCACAAACUAUGAAUGUCGUCACAUCUAGAGCAAAGAACCUUAAUAUUGAAAUUGAAGUUGUUUCCAUAGACAAUGUAGAACACGUAAAAGAAAUUAUUAGUACUGGACAGUUCUCUGGAUAUCUACUACAGUAUCCAGAUACAGAAGGUAAUAUAUGGGAUGAGAAAAUACGUGCAGUUGCUGAAAUAACGAAAUUAAAUAAGACACUUCUCAUCACAGCAACCGACUUGUUGGCUCUUACACUUAUUGAAUCACCUGGUAGUCUAGGUGCUGAUAUAGCUGUUGGAUCUUCACAACGUUUCGGAAUACCAAUGGGUUUUGGAGGACCCCAUGCAGCAUUUAUUUCGUCAACUGAAGCACUUACCAGAUUAUUACCAGGAAGAAUAGUCGGUCUUUCUAAGGAUGCGAUGAACCAACCUGCGUAUCGACUUGCCUUACAAACGCGGGAACAACAUAUUCGUAGAGAUAAAGCCACAAGUAACAUCUGCACAGCUCAAGCAUUACUUGCUAAUAUGGCUGCUUUCUAUGCAGUUUAUCAUGGGCCGGAAGGAUUAAAGCAAAUAGCUUCACGUAUCCAUAGAAAUACUUUACGUUUAGUAUCAGCUCUAGAAAAUGCUGGUUAUAAGAUUGCCAAUCAGACUGCGGUAUUUGAUACAAUCAAAGUAUUACCAAAUUCUAAACCAAAUUGUCUUCAGUCUAUUCGAAGAAAAGCAUUCGAAAAACGAGUGAAUCUCUUAUACUAUCCAAAUGGUGGGGCAGUUGGUUUAUCAAUAGAUGAAACUCUAACUGUUGAAGAUUUUAAUGACCUAAUGUACCUUUUCGGAGCAACUCUAGUGAAGCCUCAGGAACAUUCAAUUUUCGCUAUCAACACAUAUCCUAAUUUGAUACGUAAAAAUAGCUAUUUAACACAUCCUGUAUUCAAUUCAUUUCAUUCGGAGACUGAAUUAUUACGAUAUAUGAAAAAACUCGAGAAUAAAGAUAUUUCUUUAGUACAUUCUAUGAUACCGUUAGGCUCUUGCACUAUGAAAUUAAAUGGUACUACUGAACUACUUGCUUGCUCAUGGGAUAAUGUCAACAAGUUGCAUCCUUUCGUACCGAAAAAUCAAGUUACUGGUUAUUUGGAAUUGAUCGCACAACUGGAAAAUGACAUCAAAGAGAUAACUGGCUAUGAUUAUGUUUCUCUUGCACCGAAUAGUGGAGCACAGGGUGAGUACGCUGGAUUAAAAGCUAUCAGAGGAUAUUUGGAUAGAAAAGGUGAACAUAAACGUACAAUCUGUUUAAUCCCUACCUCAGCACAUGGGACGAAUCCUGCUAGUGCUCAAAUGGCUGGAAUGACUGUUAAACACGUGAAAACUACAUCGACUGGUAGUCUAGACAUGAAUCAUCUAGAAGAACAAACUUCUCUAUAUAAAGAUCAUCUAGCAGCCAUUAUGAUCACCUAUCCAAGUACAUUUGGUGUAUUUGAUAGUAAUGUUCAAAAAGUGUGUGAAAUCGUUCACGAAGCUGGUGGACAGGUUUUUAUGGAUGGUGCCAAUUUGAAUGCACAGGUCGGUUUAUGUCGCCCUGGUGAUAUCGGUUCAGAUGUUUCGCACAUAAAUUUACACAAGACAUUCAGUAUUCCACACGGUGGAGGUGGACCUGGUUGUGGCCCUGUUUGUGCCAAGUCGCACUUAGCACCAUUUCUUCCCCAGCAUUAUUUAUACGAUCAUACUUGUGUGGGUCGUUCUGGUCACAAAAUGAACACCGAAAAUAAAUCUUCUGAUCAUUUCGCAAUUUGUUCUGCUCCAUUUGGUUCUGCAAGCUUAUUACCAAUAUCAUGGGCGUAUAUGAGGUUGUUGGGCCCGAAAGGUUUGAAGAGAGCAAGUCAGACGGCUUUGUUAAAUGCUAAUUAUAUGCUCAAGCGUCUCCGAGAUUAUUAUAAUAUACGCUAUGUAAACAGCGCGGGGAUGUGUGCACAUGAAUUUAUAAUAGAUUGUUCACAAUUCUCUAAACAGAAUAUUGAUGUGAUUGAUAUUGCAAAACGACUAAUGGAUUAUGGUUUCCACAGCCCAACUAUGUCAUGGCCUGUGACCUCAAGCCUAAUGAUUGAACCUACAGAGAGUGAACCUAAAGCUGAGUGCGACCGUCUAUGUGAAGCACUCAUUUCGAUCAGAGGAGAGAUUGACAAGGUGACCAAAGGAGAGUGGGAUAUCGAAUGUAAUCCAUUAAAGAUGGCUCCACAUACUAUGGAAACAGUAAUGGAUUCGAAGUGGGACAGGCCAUAUACACGCCAAGUGGCAGCAUUUCCAGCCCCAUGGCAAAAUAUGAAAGAUGAAUCAACAAGUAAACGUUCAAAAUUGUGGCCAACUGUAAGUCGGCUAGAUGAUGUAUACGGUGAUCAACACUUGAUAUGUACGUGCUCUUCACUUCUGGGAAAUGAAACCAACUCCAAACUCUAG